AUGGACACAUGGCAAUGUUUGCAGUUUUUGAUUCCGGUACCCACUUCUUCUGACAAGCUAUAUCAUGUCAAGGUACUGAACGGAACCCAUUCUCCGCCCUCGCGCUCCCGAUUCCGCAUCACCUUAAGGCUUAGACAUGGCGGCGCUCGCUCCGCUCAUAAAUUAUGUGGCUGCAGAACGACUUGCUACGUUGCGGCGGCGAUGUUGUUGGUAUAUGACUGCUCACUGACGUUGGGGAUGGAGAUUGAGUUUAUGUGGUCAUCGCCCUGGGGGUUUAUGAAAGUGCUUUAUAUGCUUCAGCGAUACCUGCCUUUCUGUGAUUCGAUUUUUUUCUGUCUAACUCACCAAUUGGCGAUUAAUAUCGACCCGUAUGGUUGCCAUAUCGUUGAAACGAUACGAGGAGGGUUGAUGGUUUUUGGCAUGAUUUUGUCCGAAGUAAUCUUGUCCCUGCGCGCAUGGGCAGUAUGGAAACGAGAUCUGCGUCUGGGUGUCUCUCUGAUAUCCCUAAUUACGCUCACAACCGUGGCGGAGAUAUAUGUGACGAGAAUCUUCCUUCGCGACCUGCAAUUCAGUACAAAGCCAUAUCCAGAAUUUGUAGGUUGCUUUCUCACCAGCGCAAAUCACAUCGUGUAUUUGGAUUGGGUUGUAUUGAUGAUUUACGAAGCUGUAAUACUGGUCUUGAUGAUAAUUCCUGGAAUUGCUUCCUAUCGGCGAGGAGGGAAUUUUGAUCUGUAUCAUGUCAUAUAUCGCGACGGGAUAAUAAUGUAUAUCUACCUUUUUGCUCUUUCAAUAGUCAACGUCGUAUUCAUGUGCGCGCUCUCUACGAACUAUUUCGCAGUUAUUUCUAAUGUGGAACGCGUGCUCCAUUCACUGUUGACGAGUAGGGUCGUGCUUCAUAUUCGAGAAUGCAUAAAAAGGCAACAACCAUCGUAUACCGAUGGUCUUACAGACCUACACGUUGACCUGGAUGCUAGCAAACCAGAAAACCGAUUCAGGAAACGAUGGAGAGCAUAA